UUUGUUUCUGAUUGGGCACAGGGAUGGGUCUGGUCCUGCAUGGGGAUUUUUGGGGUGCUUCAGAGGCGUCCAGGAAAUGCUGGCUGAUUUCUUUCUGCUCUUCCAGGCUCCUCGCCGGGAGCUGGAGGGGGCUUGGCCACCAAGAGAGUGCUGUGCCUUUUAUCUCUGAGAGAGAAAAUGUCUGCAGAUGGCAGAGGCAUCUGGGCUACCCAGGACAAGGAGAAGGCCCGAGAGGUUCCAGGUCAUGGGCAUCCUUGUCAAGAAAUGCCUUCUGAGUCGGAGGAGACAGUACCUUUGGGAGCCACUCGGGAGUCACCCCACAUCAAGAUGGAGCCAGAAGAGCUCCACCCCGAGGGGGCAUCACAGGAGGACGGGGCUCGAGGAGCACAAGGCUGGGUGCCCCUAAGCCAGGGUUCUAAGGAGAAAGCUCUUUUCCUGCCCAGCAGAGCCCUCCCCUCCCCCCAGAUCCCUGUGCUUUCCCACGAGGGGAGGACCCGAGACCGGCAGAUGGCCGCGGCGCUCCUCACCGCCUGGUCCCAGAUGCCAGUGACCUUUGAGGACAUGGCUCUGUACCUCUCCCGGGAGGAGUGGGGGCAGCUGGACCACACGCAGCAAAGUUUCUACAGGGAUGUCCUACUGAAGAGGAACGGGGUGUCCUUGGGGUUUCCCUUCAGCAGACCUGUCUGGGCCUCCCAAGUGCAGGGCAAGGGCGAGGCCUCGAGCACCUGCCGGCAGACGGGAGAGGAGGAGGAGGAGAGGAGAGGAGCCAUUGAGGUGGGGAAGGAGGAGCCAACCCCCUCCCUGGCUGCCCUUGGGGAUGUGAAGUCCUUUGGGACCAGGGCAGGGAGAGCCCAGGGGGACAUCCUGCAGUGCGAGCGGCAAGCAGCCAGCAGCCAGAGCCCAGGGCCAGCCAAAGAUGACGGGCAGCUGGGUCCCCCAGAGGAGAGAGAGCCAAAACCAACACCACCUGACACCAGCCUCCCAGAGAAACCCAGAGAGGGGGAGACGGGUGCCCCCGAGAGUAUCGAGGAAGGCCUGGCCCCCGAUGGCGACACCAGCAGGAAGACCUACAAGUGCGAGCAGUGUGGCAAGGGCUUCAGCUGGCACUCGCACCUGGUGACGCACCGGCGCACGCACACGGGCGAGAAGCCCUACGCCUGCACGGACUGCGGCAAGCGCUUCGGCCGCAGCUCGCACCUCAUCCAGCACCAGAUCAUCCACACGGGCGAGAAGCCCUACACCUGUCCCUCCUGUUGGAAGAGCUUCAGCCACCACUCGACGCUGAUCCAGCACCAGCGCAUCCACACGGGCGAGAAGCCCUAUGUGUGCGACCGCUGCGCCAAGCGCUUCACCCGCCGCUCGGACCUGGUCACCCACCAGGGCACCCACACGGGCGCCAAGCCCCACAAGUGCCCCAUCUGCAGCAAGUGCUUCACGCAGAGCUCAGCCCUGGUCACGCACCAACGCACCCACACCGGGGUCAAGCCCUACCCGUGCCCCGAGUGUGGUAAGUGCUUCAGCCAGCGCUCCAACCUCAUCGCCCACAACCGCACGCACACGGGAGAGAAGCCCUAUCACUGCCUCGACUGCGGCAAGAGCUUCAGCCACAGCUCACACCUCACAGCCCACCAGCGCACCCACCGUGGCGUCCGGCCCUACUCCUGCCCCCUCUGCGGCAAGAGCUUCAGCCGGCGCUCCAACCUGCACCGGCACGAGAAGAUCCACACCACCGGCCCCAAGGCCCUGGCCAUGCUGAUGCUGGGCGCUGCAGGCGCUCUGGCGGCACCCCAACCUGCUCCCACCUAGGAGGCGGGAGGGAGGGGACAGGCUGGGGGAGGAGCGAGGGCAGCUGCUGGGGGAGUGAGGGGGGGCAUGGGAAGGGGGUUAGGGAGGUGCUGGCAUGGGGGUGGGGCAUGGCAACAUGGGGGGAGCCAGGGUGAGGAGCAGGCAUGCCAGCUGCAAAUUAAAGGCCUUGGA